CAACAACCAACAGUCAACAGUCAAUCCACAACAAGCACUACUACCUCUUCAAACCCUUUACUCACACUUCAAUCCAAAUCCUCCAAAAUGGCCUUCUCUCAGUCUAGCCGCAACAUCCGCGUCGAGAACCACACCCUCUACGCCGAUUGCCUCGAGGAGGACAACGUCACCUGGCACCAAUCCAACAUGGACCUGGAUGCGGUCCUCGGCAACAUCAACGGUUCAUUCCAGUGGGGAAAGAAAGCGUUCAGCCAGUCUGCUGAGAACAUUGGGCUUGAGGAUACCUCCUACCUCACGGCCAAGCUUGCCAACCAGGUCGGAACCUAUGGCCCUCCUCAGAAGGUCAACCUUGAUGAACACAUUGCCAACAUCAACGGUGUUCUCAAGCCUUACCAGUUGUAAACUGAUGGCUAUUCCAUGUCGGCGCUCGGUCAAUGUCCAGAGCACAAGCCCUUAAGAUUGUUAAAUGCAACGGCAGAUAUCGCGAGAGGAGGACUUUGGGGUUAGAGGUCGACGAGAGAUUCGAUAUCUUGAUGCAACUUGCCAAUGACCUCCACCGGCACUUGGGAUUUUGAUUCUCAGUCUUCCGUAUCUAUCUUUAAUUUUGGCUUACUUAGGUGGCCUGAGGCUUGGGUGGUUGUUUUACGACUCCAUCCAGGCUCCUUGCCCUCUUGAAUUCACAGAUCUGC